CUGAGCGGGCACCUCCUCUUUCCUACUGCUUGAGACUCAGCCAUCUGGCGCACACGUCUUGUUCAGCUUCGCUUCCCGCCCUGCAAGAUCAAAACCGAGAAUCGAAACUGACCUGGGCUCCAUGCAGCAGGAGCCUGUAUCCGCCAGAUCUCCGGGGCCCCCUCAGGACUCUGCGCUGCCCCACGCACCCACCAUGCCUCCCCCGGAGUCCCUUUCAGAAGGCCACCAGCCCAGUCCCAGCCACUGCCCCACAGAGCAAACCACAGAGGAGGAAUUCCAGUUCCUGCGCUGCCAGGGCUGCCAAGCAGAAGCCAAGUGCCCUAAGUUGCUGCCUUGUCUACACACGCUGUGCUCAGGAUGCCUGGAGGUGCCAGGCGUGCGAUGCCCCAUCUGCCAGGCACCCCCGCCCCCAGGCGCUGACUGGCUGGCCCUGGAUAAUGUCUUCUUCGAGAGUCUGCAGCGGCGCCUGUCGGUGUACCGGCAGAUCGUGGAAGCGCAGGCCAUUUGCACCCGCUGCAAAGAGUCCGCCGACUUCUGGUGCUUCGAGUGCGAGCAGCUCCUCUGCGCCAAGUGCGUCGAGGCGCACCAGUGGUUCCUCAAGCAUGAGGCCCGACCCCUGCAAGAGCUCCGCAACGAGUCGGUGCGCGAGUUCCUGGACAGCACGCGCAAGUCCAACAACAUCUUCUGCUCCAACCCCAACCACCGCACCCCUACGCUGACUAGCAUCUACUGCCGAGGCUGCUCCAAGCCGCUGUGCUGCUCGUGCGCGCUGCUAGAUAGCGGCCACAGCGAGCUCAAGUGCGACAUCACCUUGGAGAUCCAGCAGCGGCAGGAGGAGCUGGACGCCAUGACCCAGGCGCUGCAGGAGCAGGACCGCGCGUUUGGUACGGCGCAGGCGCAGAUGCGCUCGGCCGUCAGCCAGCUGGGCCGCGUGCGCGCCGACACCGAGGAGCUGAUCCGCGCGCGUGUGCGCCAGGUCGUAGCCCACGUGCGGGAGCAGGAGCGCGAGCUGUUGGAGGGGGUGAACGCGCGGUACCAGCGCGACUACGAAGAGAUAGCGGGUCAGCUGAGCCGCUUGGACGCUGUGCUGCAGCGCAUCCGCAUGGGCGGCGCGCUGGUGCAGAGGAUGAAGCGCUAUGCCUCGGACCAAGAGGUGCUGGACAUGCAUGGCUUCCUGCGCGAGGCGCUCUCCCGCCUGCGCCAGGAGGAGCCCCAGAGCCUGCAAGCCGUGGUGCGCACCGAUCGCUUCGACGAAUUCAAGGUGCGCCUGCAGGACCUCGUCUCUUGCAUCACCCAGGGGACAGAUGCAGCUCCACCCAGGAGAGCCAGCCCAGAGGCUCCUAGCACUCCCACAGACGCUUCUGACGUUGACCUGCCGGAGGAGGUGCAGGAGGCGCAGGCCCCAGGGCUGGAUGACACCCUCACUGAGACCCCAUCUGUGGCUGUGGUACAACCGGUGCCCGGGGCACACCCUGUGCCAGUGUACGCCUACUCCAUCAAAGACCCCUCCUACAGAGAGGAGGUCACCAGCACAGCCACACCACAGAAGAGGAAGUCCUGCCAGACCGAGUGCCCCAGGAAGCUCAUCAAGAUGGAGUCUGAAGAGAAGGAGGGAAGGUUGGCCCAGAGCUCCCCCGAGCAACCCAGACCCAGCACCUCCAAGGCAGUCUCGCCAUCCCGCCUGGACAGGCCUCCCAGCUCCAAGAGCCCUGUCAUAGGAAACGAGGACUUCCUGCCCAACAGCAACCACACACCUGACCACCCUGUGGAGGCAGAGGAACGCGUUGUGGUGAUCAGCAGCUCAGAAGACUCAGAUGCCGAAAACUCGUCCUCCCGAGAACUGGAUGACAGCAGCAGCGAGUCCAGUGACCUCCAGCUGGAGGGCCCCAGCUCCCUCAGGGUCCUGAACGAGAGCCUCGCCGACCCCCAAGCAGAAGACAGGCCCCUGGUUUUCUUUGACCUCAUGAUUGACAAUGAAACCCAGAAGAUUAGGCAGCUGGCAGCUGUGAACCAGGAAAGCAAGUUCCGCGUGCUCAUCCAGCCCGGAGCCUCCUUCAGUGUCUACUCCAAGGCCGUCUCGCUGGAGGUGGGGCUGCAGCGCUUCCUCUGCUUCCUGAGCUCCAUGCGCCACCCCAUCUUGGCCUGCUAUAAGCUGUGGGGGCCCAGCCUCCCCCACUUCUUCCAGGCCCUGGAGGGCAUGAACAGGCUGUGGGAGUUCCAGGAGGCCAUCUCGGGCUUCCUGGCCACCCUGCCCCUCAUCCGGGAGCGCGUGCCCAGGGCCAGCAGCUUCAAACUCAAGAGUCUGGCCAAGACCUACCUGGUGAGAAACAUGAGCGAACGCAGCGCCCUGGCCACCGUGGUGACCAUGCGCGACCUGUGUCGCCUCCUUGAUAUCUCCCCAGGCCCCCAGCUGGCCCAGCACAUCUACUCCUUCAGCAGCCUGCAGUGCUUCGCGUCCCUGCAGCCCCUGGUGCAGGCGGCUGUCCUGCUCCAGGCCGAGGCCCGCCUCCUGGCACUCCACAACGUGAGCUUCAUGGAGCUGCUGACUGCACACCGCCGUGACCCACAGCGGGGCCUGAAGAAGUACAGUGGCUACCUGAGCCCACAGACCACCUCGCUGCCCGCUGCCCAGCCUGCUUUCAAACUGCAGGCUCUGAGUACCUACUUCAAAGGCCUGUUGGAUGGGCCGGCCUUGACUCGGGCAGAAGGCGCCUCUGCCUGGCUCACCGGCCACAGCUUGGCAGAAAGGCCCUCCCAGCAGAGCUGAGAGGAGGGGAGGACUGGCUUGGAGGCUCUGGAGGCAGCGGGAUGGGUUCCCUGAGCCAGGCCCCACCCAUCACAGCAUUUGCAAGUCCUGCUCUCCGGUACUCAGUUGUCAUUUUGUUAAGAAUCAGUUCUCUGGGACCAAAUUCCCCUUCUCUAAAAAUCCCACAGAGAAGGUUCCAGGGCCAAGCAGCCACCUUCCACUAGAUCGCAUUGGGGGCCCUGGGAGCAGCUCACCUAGCCUGCUGGCCCCUCCCCUCCAGGAGCCAAAACCAAGGAGGUCCUGGGGGAAGAUGUCAUGGCCUCUGGGCUCUCUAAGUGACCCCGUCUUGCCCCAGCCACCUGACUUGCCACUUCCAUGGGUGUCCUUGCAGCUCUUCCCUGACCUUCGGCCACUGCCCCAGGGGACUUGCUGGCAGCUCCCAUGGACACUUUCGACAACAUCAGUGGCCCCACAGGUACUCAAAGUGCCUUUCAAAACAAACUGCCCCUUGUAAGUUUGGAUUCUCCCAGCCUCUGCCUGCCUGGAGGCCACUCUCUGUUCACUUCCCCUUUGGAACAUUUUCAGCCCCAAAGGGCCUCAUAUCAGCAGAGACGGAGGCUGCCCCAUGCCUGUUCCUACUGCCAAAGUCUGACCCUUCCAAGCUUACUUCCUCCCUCCUGGCCACACAAACACCUCCCCUUAGUUGAGGCCGCCUACUCCUCUCAGCAUGGCCCUUUGCAUCUCUGCACUGCAUCCCCAGCCCUCCAGAGGAACGUCCUCUAACCCAGCGCCGCUCUCCGUGUAGUCCAGGGACCCGAAGCACUGGCAUCCCCUGGGAGCCUCCAUCCCAGACCUCCGGAAGCAGAGUCCCUGGGGCGGGGCCCAGCAAGCUGCUUUAGCAGGUUUGCCAGAUGAUUCUAAUGCCCGCUAAGUUUCAGAACCACUGCUCUGAUAGACUGCUUCUCCAAGGGGAGGCAGCGUGGAGCUGCAGAGAAAGUCUCGGCCCCGACUGUGUGCUCUGAGUGUGACUCAGGAAAAGGCCCCUUCCUGAGUCCUGCAUCUCCACCUGUAAAAUGGGCUGGUUGGCCCCAACAGCCUGAAAGCUCCCACCCAGGUCUGCCACUCCGGGGUUUUAGGAAUGGACAGCAGGCCUCUGAGGCAGUGGACAAGAAAGUUUUCUUUCUUGCGCCCAAGCUCCCAGCCCUAAGCUAAGGCCCCAACCUUGUGGUCAGCAGCAGAACACAGGCAGGUCAGGGCCAUCCUGUCUGACUAGCAGAAUGACUGUCCCCUCUGCCUCCUCCUCUGCCAUCCCUCUUCCUCCGCUCCCUGCCUCUGGGACACAGCCCAGGCCUCCAGCCUUUAUGGCCUCAGCUUUCACAGGGCUGAAGUCUGUGUGUCCACACCUCAGCCCCCAUCCAGUGGGUGCCCAUAGGAACUUACUACCAUGGUGACAGUGCUGGCUCUAACAGUGAACGCCAAUGCAUUUGAACUAGAAUUCUGAUUCAAAGCAGGUGCUGGCUCUGAAGCUCCUGUGGGAACAGGUUGAUGGGUGGAGGGGAGGAGGGGGACUGGGGCCCCAGCCUAGCUGUGAUGACCAUCUUGGCAGCUGCAAGGCAGCACUUGGGCCACUCCCUAUAUCAUCUCCCCCCGAGCCUCAUGGUGAACUCAGCAGCGCCUGCUCAUUUCCAGCUCCAAGCCCAGCCCCCCAGUGCUUGCUGUCUUCAGAUGUAGCUGAUCACAGGUUUUGUAAGAAGAGACUGUUCUGCCCUUUUUCCACUUCCACAGCCUUCAAUAAAGAUAUGAGUCUCCACAGCCUGA